CAUGCCAUUUUGCUCCUCACUCGAUUCCUGAUCGCUGGCCGGGCGCGAUCUCCAUUCCAAUUGUAUUGUUUUCCAACCUAAAAAAAAUUCCUAUUUAUCGAUUUUCCAUUUGAUUUCGCUGAUUCGAUCGUUUUGCGGCCCAAUAAAAUUAAAAUCGUAAACUCGUUAGCCAUUUAUUCCGCCGUAAAGUUUCUCCAUGGCCGCCGCGAAAGCCUCAAAUCGCCAGUCGGAGCCGAAAUUCCCGGUGGCGAUGCCGCGAGGAGCGGUCACGUUGAAUCCCAAUCCGGCAGUGCCCAAAUCGCCGGACGGAAUCACCGCAUUGGCCAGGAAGAGCAUUACGUCCAUGUCGGACGAAGAGAUCAUCCAGGAGAACCUCAACGAGAUCCUCGAACUCAAGUCGCGCGAGGAACGAAAAGCCAAUGGACGUCUAGUGGCUGUUAUCGUCUGUUUUUUGGUGCUCUUCCUGGCCGUCUACCACGCCUGCGUCCGGAAGUCGGAGAACUCGCUGGCCGGCGUCCUUGUCCCGGCGGGCAUCAUGCUCUCCUACGGCGCCUGGGUGGCCGUCCUGGCCAAAAGGGACAAGCAUCGGCGGGCCAUGUUUGAGCGGCACAUCGAGGAGGUGGCCCUGAAGAACAAGAUCGAGCUGGAGGAGAAGCAUGCCCGCCAUGCCAAGCAUUCGCAUUCGCAUCAUGGUCAUGGUCACUCUGGCACGGAUUCCACGGGCAGUGCCUCCAGCACAUUGCACUACGUGAACGAACUGCUCCCGAAUGGGGAGCACCGCAAGAAGCAGCGACGCCAUGGGCACAAGAAGCGCUCCGGCGAUCGGGAGGAUCAUCAGCAGAGCCUGGAGGUCGGAGUGCAUCGAGGGACGCCCAAGAGACCGAGCUUCCGGCAGAAGCUCUUUGGCCAGACCAUCGCCCAUGUGAAGCUGGUGGAGGCCCAGAGCGACAGCACGGACUCGGCGGGCGGUCCGGGUCCGGGUUCGAAACCACCCAGGGGUACGAGUUCAAAACCCACUGGCGGCCAAAAUCCCAAUUCCAAUCCCAAUCCCGGCGAGAAACGCCCCCGGCUACAGCCGCAGGUGGUGCGAGUCAGCUCGGUGCCAUAAGAGAGAUAUAUGGGCACUUUUGUUUUGGGGUCGCCGAGGGGAUGGCCUCGCUAUUGUAUCGAAUAAAUAAAUGUAUUAUAAAAAAUAUAAA